AUGUAAUUUUUUAAAGAAGCAACUUACACUUUCAAAUAAAAAUUUGGAUAUUCCCAAGAUGAAAAAGCUAUUAAAUUAUUCGAUUAAGCCUAUCAUUAUCAAAGCACCAUACUUCCUAUAAAUAUUCUAGACUAGAUAGCUGAACUUAGUUUUCAAAUGUAUAAUUUUAUAUUUUAAAACAAGUGAACAUUAUCCGAAAAUAAUAAAUGAAAUCAUUAAGUAACUCAAUACAUCCAAUAACACAGCCAAUAAUAUUUUAAAAGUACCUUUCAUUUUCAAAAUAGACACUUAUCAUAACUGAUUAUUUAUUGAAAUAUGGAUGUUCAGGGAUAAUUGAUGAUUUGAAAGAACGCAUAGGUUUGAUUAGACAUUACUCAGAAUAUAAGUCAGAAUGUCAAGAACCACUAUUCCAAUCUAGUAGAUUCAUUUAUAUUAUUUUAAAGUUAGAUCGAAAGCAUAAAAUAUAACAACACAAUUAACAAAUAGAAAUCUUUUGUAUAAAGAAAAGGAAAUAGCAAAAUAGAUGAAAUUAAAAAUUUAGAUGAAUAAACUAAAAAUGUAAGCCUAAUGUAGUAAUCUUAAUGAUGAGACUCAAUCUAAAUUGGAUGAUAUGUUGGAAAAUUAUAUUUACAAAUAUAUGGAUAAAUUUCAUGAUAAAUUAGAAAGUUGGGGAGAUUAAAUGAAUGAAAAACUUGAUAGUUUAAUUAACAAUGUGGCCACUAAUUCUGCAUAUAAGAAGGAUGAAAAUGGAUAUUACUACCCUGAAUCUUGCAUGGAUGAUGUUAUGGUGGUUCAAAGAUAUAAGGAUAGAGGAUAGGAUUUCAAAUAAAAUAGUUAAAAGUCAUAAAUGACUAAUUUAAGUAGUAUAUUAGUUAAUAUUUAGAUGUUGUUGAUUAAGAAAAUGUUUAACCGAAUAAAUAAGUAAUUAAAUAAAGGAUAAAUUUAUUAGAUUGA